GUGUCAGGGCAGUGUGCCUCUCACUGUGGGGAGAGAUCAAUGGACUUGUUUGAUUAGUUGGUAAGGACACCAGGAACAUCCAGAACCCACUUACAUUGAUGGACUAGCUCCAGGACUAGCUUCUAUCUGACUCAUUGGAAAUACAUCGAGUUUUGCAGGAUAGAGUGAAUAAGUGCUCAGGAGUAUUGCAAUUCGUGGCUUUUAAAGUUAUCACUCUUUUUCCUAUGAUGAAGGAGAAGAUUUCUGCAGUUCUAUUGGUUUUGAUUCUGACUUGUACAUCUGUAUCUUCCAAGAAGAACAGAAAGAAUAAGCAACAUGUUCCUCACAUUAACUGUGACAUCAAAGCAGGCAAGAUAGUCAACCCAGAAUUCCUUGCAAAGUGCCCUGCUGGUUGUCAAGAAGGGAAGCACCGUAUAUAUGGCACAGACAUAUAUGCCUCUUUUUCCAGCAUAUGCACAGCUGCCAUUCACAGCGGUGUAAUUGACAACUCAGGAGGAAAGAUUCUUGUUCGGAAAGUCGCUGGGCAGUCCGGUUACAAGGGAAGUUUUUCAAAUGGGAUACGAUCACUUUCCCUUCCUCGUUGGAAAGAGUCAUUUGUCGUAGCAGAAGGUAAAGGAAAGAAAGGUGUCACAUAUCCCACAGUUCUUGAGUACGUUGAAGUCAAAGUAGAAACAAUACAGAGAGAAAAAACACCCCCAACUGUAGCAACAACAACUGCUUUAACUACCAUCCCUACCACUACUACUACUACUACUACAACUCCAGAACCUACAACUCCACAGCCCACCACACCAAAGCCAACAACCACCACCACUACAACAACCACCACAACAACAACAACGACUACAACAGCAACAGCAAGGACAAGGCCACCCCUCGUACGAGCAAGAGAUACGGCUGCCAGUAAUACCCACCCAGCCUAUUCAUCAGCUAUUGCUGCUUCAUCAAGGCAAGCAGUGCCAGCUGUACCAGGUAGAGUGCCAAAUCAAGUUGUCAGGUCUCCAACAACAUAUGCAAGUAGCCGACAAAUCCAAAGGAGUAAUCCAGGUGCCAGUAGAAUUCAACAGAUUUUAGCUGAAAAGGCAAGCCAAGCAAAUCCAAAUCCGCAAAGACGAGACUGGCAAAGUUCCACCCGGAUAAAUGUACCAACUGUCCAAAGAAGGCCAGCAGUUCCAGAUAGAAGCAAUGUGGCCCCAAAUACUGGACACAGCUGGUCAUCAGACACACGUGAUUCUCAAGGUUCUCCACGUCGUGACUGGCAAGCUCCAAGCCGGGUGAACAUUCCAGUUGUGCAGCGUCGACCCCCAGAGAGCAGCAAUAUCGCACCUCCAGCUCCUCCAAACUGGUCUGUAGACACAUAUGAUACUGAAGGAAGACGUGACUGGUUAGGCCAAAAUCAACGAAUGAAUGUUCCACCAGUACGCAGACCAGCAGUUCCAGAAAGUAGCAAUCUUGCUCCGCCAGCUGCACCCUACUGGCCUGUAGAAACACGUGAUACUCAAGUUUCCAAUCCCAGAUCUAGCAUAUCAGAAUAUGACAGGUGGGUCUCCGGCUUCUCGCAGAGUAAUUCAAGAAACGGUGAAUCAGAAACGUGGAAGGUCGCUGAGGAGGUGCCUGAGACCAAGGUUCAACUUAAACCAGAGGUCAAGGUAGAUUCUGUUCCAGACCCAUGGAGAGGGUUUUCAGAUCCAGUUCAGCAUAAGCCUGAAGUUAAGGUAGAUGCGGCUCUAGAUCCAUGGAGAGGAUUUUCACAACCAGUUCAGAUUCAACCAGAAGUUAAAGUAGAUGCUGCUCCAGAUCCAUGGAGAGGAUCUUCACAACCAGUUCAGCAUAAGCCAGAGGUUAAAGUAGAUGCGGCUCCAGAUCCAUGGAGAGGAUUUUCACAACCAGGAGGAGCAGUAAAAGAAGAUAUCAACUCAAGACUGCCAGUUGAACCCGCAGCUCUUGGAGGCACAAAUUGCAAAAUAGACUUGGUUUUUCUCAUUGAUGGAAGCUGGAGUAUUGGCAAGAGACGUUUCAGGAUUCAGAAGCUUUUCCUUAACCAGAUGGCAGAUGUCCUUGAUGUUGGAAUUUCUGGACCUCUUAUGGGUAUUGUACAGUAUGGCGACGACCCGUAUACAGAGUUCAGUCUUCGCUCAUACUUCAAUUCCAAGGACCUCAAAAAUGCUAUUGACAAAAUUCCACAAAAAGGAGGAUAUUCCAAUGUUGGAAAAGCUCUGUCUUAUAUAAACAAGAAUUACUUCUCUGAUGCCAGUGGGAAUAGAGGAGCAGCCCCGAAUGUGGCCAUUGUGCUUGUAGAUGGCUGGCCAACCGAUAAAGUGGAAGAAGCUUCCCGUCUUGCUCGUGAAUCUGGAAUCAACAUAUUCUUUGUGACCAUUGAGGGGGCGGAUGAUAAUGAGAGACCAAAUGUUGUAGAACCCAACUUUGUAGACAAGGCUGUUUGUAGAACCAAUGGUCAUUUUUCCAUCAAUGUUCCUAGUUGGUUUAGUCUCCACAAGGUUGCGAAUCCACUGGUGAAGCGUAUGUGUGACACUGACAAAUUAGUCUGCAGCAAGACAUGUCUCAAUGCUGCUGAUAUUGUGUUUGUCAUCGAUGGUUCCAGCAGUGUGGGAACUGGGAACUUCCGUACUGUGCUCCAGUUCAUAGCAAAUAUUACAAGUGAGUUUGAGAUCUCAGACACAGACACACGAAUUGGAGCUGUGCAGUAUACAUACGAGCAGAGGCUGGAGUUUGGCUUUGAUAAAUAUAGUACAAAGCCAGAUGUUGUGAAUGCCAUCAUGAGGAUAGGCUAUUGGAGUGGAGGUACAAGCACCGGAGCUGCCAUAACGUAUGCAUCAGAACAGCUUUUCAGUAAAUCAAAGCCAAACAAAAGAAAGAUCAUGAUUGUAAUCACUGAUGGACGGUCAUAUGACGAUGUUCGGGGUCCAGCAGCAACUGCUCAUCGAAGUGGAGUCAUUGCAUAUGCUAUUGGUGUGGCCUGGGCAGCCCAAGAUGAACUGGAAUCUAUUGCCACCGAUCCAGAUAAAGACCAUUCAUUUUUUGUGGACGAAUUUGAUAGCCUCUAUAAAUUUGUUGGAAAGAUCAUUCAGAACAUUUGUACAGAGUAUAAUUCUCAACCACGAAAUUAAGACUUGGGAUGGCUGAGGCAGUGAUAUACUGCUUGGAGAACAGGGAUUCUUUUUGGCAAUCAGUACACAACAGCUACAAAGAAUAAUGGAAUUAAUUAUAUAGCGAGAAAAAUAAUGUUUGCAGUUUUAUAUCAUAGCCUCUGUUUACUCAGAAGGUGUUAUAGGAACUUGUAAACUGCAGUAUGUGAGAAAAUAUAUGUAACAUCCAAAAUUAUAAAGGACAAAUAUGUCAUUAGAAUCUGGGAAGAUAACGAAGAUGACUCCAUGCUGAUUUCUUCUCAUCAGCGUGUAAAGAUGUAACUUUAUGAAAUGAGAGUUAUAGACAACACCAAUCAUGUGUUGCAUUUAUACAAAUUAAACCUAUUUUUCUAUCACAGAAAAUAAAUCUUGUAAUUAUAGCUUAAUUUUGUAAAAGGGUUGUAUAGGCAUAAAGUAUGUUAUUCCUUCAUAUAGCGCCCCCACACAGAUAGGAUCAAGCUUUAGUACACCUUUUGAUACAAAGGACCACAACAUUAUCACUUCUUGUAGUGCUUCUUGUAACAGUGUAUACUUUUUUGUUUUUAAUGGAGCAAGUCACAUCAGUUACCUUUUUGCUCUUCCAGGGACGGAUGGU